ACGUGGGAAGGAUUUAGCUGUGUCGAUGAGGUAAACAACCGCAGUGUAGCUUGGCUGUAUUUAUCCAUAAAAUAUAUAUUUCCGAUUCAUUUUGAACAAGCCUUACGUUUUUGCUUUGUAAAGCGGUUCUCUCUAGACCAUGCCCCACAACCCCGAUCAUCCUCCGGCGAAGAAAUUUAAGCCGGGGUCUCCUUUUUUCCGUCUCGACAAGAAGCCUGGGAUGCUGCUACCUAGAAAGGAAAAUGCAUCGGUACCAAUAGACGUGCAAAGGAAAAAUCUUCCCAUUUACCAGGCGAAGUCUCAACUCAUUAACCAGCUUAGACAGCUUCAUAAUGCUGUAUUGAUAGGUGAGACGGGUUCUGGGAAGACCACCCAGAUUCCUCAGUACCUGUAUGAAGCUGGCAUCGCGCGACAGGGCAUCGUCGCUGUGACACAGCCCCGCCGAGUGGCGGCUAUCUCCCUGGCAACGAGGGUAGCAGAGGAGAAGAGAACUCAGCUGGGGAAGCUGGUCGGCUACACGGUGCGAUUUGAGGAUGUCACCUCCUCGGAGACGAAGCUGAAGUUCAUGACAGAUGGUAUGCUCCUGCGUGAGGCCAUAGGAGACCCCUUACUGCUACGCUACACCGUGGUGGUGCUGGAUGAGGCCCACGAGCGCACUGUGCACACUGACGUGCUUUUCGGAGUGGUGAAGGCUGCCCAGCGCAAACGCAGAGAACAGAACAAGGUCCCCCUCAAGGUGAUUGUGAUGUCAGCCACCAUGGAUGUGGACCUGUUCUCUCAGUACUUCAACAAGUCCCCUGUGCUGUACCUGGAGGGCAGGCAGCACCCCAUCCAGAUGUACUACACCAAGCAGCCCCAGUCGGACUACCUGCAGGCUGCACUGGUCUCAGUCUUCCAGAUCCACCAGGAAGCCCCUGCGUCACAUGACAUCCUGGUGUUCAUGACAGGACAGGAGGAGAUAGAGGCGCUGGCUCGUACCUGCCGUGACAUCGCCAAGCACCUCCCUGACAGCUGUGGUCCCAUGACUGUCAUCCCUCUGUACGCCUCCCUACCCCCUGCUCAGCAGCUCAGGGUCUUCCAGCCUGCCCCUAAGGGUUGUAGGAAAGUAAUCCUGUCAACCAACAUUGCAGAGACGUCGAUCACCAUCUCAGGGAUCAAAUAUGUCAUUGAUACGGGCAUGGUGAAAGCAAAACGCUUCAACCCAGAGAGCGGUCUGGAGGUGUUGGCAGUACAGCGGGUAUCUAAAGCCCAGGCGUGGCAGAGGGCGGGCAGGGCUGGCAGAGAGGACGCCGGCUCUGUCUACCGUCUCUACACCGAGGACGAGUUUGACAACCUCAUCCCCAUGACCGUGCCUGAGAUACAAAGAUGUAACCUGGCCAGUGUCAUGCUACAGCUUCUGGCUCUGGGGAUCCCUGACGUGAUGAACUUUGACUUCAUGUCUAAGCCUUCUCCUGAGGCGAUGCGUUCGGCAGUGGAGCAGCUGGAUCUGCUCGGGGCUGUAGGGAGGAAAGGUGAGCAGGUCACCCUCACUCCUUUGGGCAAGAAGAUGGCCAGCUUCCCCCUGGAGCCACGCUAUGCCAAGACCAUCUUGCUGUCACCAGACUUCCAGUGUUCCGAGGAAGUGCUGACCAUCGUGUCUCUGCUGUCAGUGGACUCGGUGCUCUACAACCCGCCCGCACGCCGAGAGGAGUGUCUCGCCGCACGCAAGAAGUUCACCACCAGCGAGGGAGAUCACUUGACCCUGCUCAACAUCUACAGAGCCUUCAAGAAAGUAAACGCCAACAAGGAGUGGUGUCGGGAGAACUUUGUCAACAGCAGGAACAUGAGCAUGGUUGGAGAGGUCCGUGCACAGCUCCGAGAGAUCUGCCUUAAGCUGAGCAUGAAGCUGGAGUCGUGUGGGUCGGACACGGGGAGCGUGCGUCGCUGCCUGGCCCACGGUCUGUUUAUGAACGCUGCAGAGCUCCAGCCAGAUGGCAGCUACACGGCUCUGGAUACCCACCAGCCUGUUACCAUCCACCCCUCCUCUGUCCUCUUCCAGGCCAAGCCUGCUUACGUGGUCUUCAACGAGCUCCUGCACACCUCAAAGUGCUACAUGAGGGACCUGUGUCUGGUGGAUGCUGAUUGGCUGGUCGAGGCCGCGCCUGAGUACUUCCGCCGGAAGCUCCGCCCCACCAAGAGCUAGCCUCUGAUUGGACAGAACUCGGGGGCGACGAGAGACUACAGCGGAACCAAAGCUCCCUGAGCAGUGACACACCUGCCCCACCUCUCCCUCAGUGAUGGGAAGAACAUCUUCCUACUCUUUCCUGUUUGCUGAAUCGCUCCUUUUUGUUUACACAAAGCGUAGAAAGAUUCUUCAGCACUGUGUGUGUGUGUGCCAGUCGAAGACAGAACAUUUAGCAUUUGGUCUGACAGAUUGGCAGCGUUCAGACAAGCAGCCCAAUUCUAAACUUUUUUUUUUUUUACUAAUUGAUCUUUUGAAUAAUCAGAUCAGCUCUGAAACAUAUUUGAUGUGAUUGUUUAAAAGACCAAUUAGUGGGGGGGGGGGUCAGAAUUGGGCUGCAUGUCUGAAUUCAGCCAAGUAGAGGGAGGUCUGAGUGAGGGUUCCUCUCUGGGUUCUUCUUCCUCGUCAUGGGAAAGCGGCCAUGUUUUAUUACAGCAGACGUCUGCUGAACCACAGAAGAGAGAGAUUCCCCGAGAACGGAGGUUACAAACUAAUGUUUCUAUGGUUACGAACUGACCUUCUCGUUCUUCAUUCUCCUCUCCUCUACCUGUUGGCUGAUCAUUGCCUGUUGCCACAUAUUUGCUUCACAACCAGAAAUGAGGUUUCAUCAUGAUUGAGUUCAAACACUGCUUCUAAAUAUCUGCAUGUUUCUUAGCAACAUAGAUUUAACUCACAGAAGUGGGAUGGUUAUUCCUUCAAACAAAUAUAUUCAACAACUGACUUGAAUUGGCUGUUCAUAUUUAAAUUCUGGCCUCUGGUCUAACUUAUUGGCUGUUUGUCACUUGCUUAAAAAACAGGGGACACAUAUAACAUCAGUGCCAUUCCAUGUACAUAAUAUUUUCGGUUGAAAAAUAUAGAUAUAUCACAGGAUUGAAUUAGAUGGGCAUAGGUUGCCUUUUUGUCUACAUUCAGUUUAGUCACACACAUCUACAUCAACUACCAGGGAAAGAAGUGAUAUUGCUGACUAAAAAUGACUUGUUUAUCAUUUGUCCUAAAAGGAUACCAAGACAUCUGUCCACAUCAUUUGAGGUGUGUGUGUGUGUGUGUGUGUGUGUGUGUGUGUGUGUGGCUGGGUAAAUACAUUAUGGCAUCUGUCAGUUGAGGUGGUGUAGGAGGAGUGUAAUUGAAUGUCUUUCAUUAACUGAUAAGAGAAUGAUGUUCUCCAGGUACAUCACCCAAUUGAAUUAUAUUACUCUGUCUGCAAACCAGAAUUUGUAAGAUCCUGGUCGAAUGAAACAGACGGAGGCCCAGCUAAAUAGUCAAAAGGUUUAUUCACGGAACGUUCUGAAGUCAAGAAUACAAAUCAAUUCAUUUUAUACUGACUUCUCACGCCCACACAUGCACACAAACAUACGCACACACACUGUCUGUCUCACUACCCAGCCGACAGCGAUAGUGACCAUGUCCUGCUACACACACUGUCUGUCUCACUACCCAGCCGACAGAGAUAGUGACCUUGUCCUUGAGACGUACUCCCCUUUCUCUCCCAAAUCUCUAGUCAGGUCUGCACCGAGCUCAGACAGUCUGUGUUUAAAAUACCAUAAAGACAUAUUGCUUUACCCUAAUUCUGACUAGAACUACACAUUUAUUGAUUAUGAUUUCAUACAUUCUAAUCAAUCCCAUACAAUUAUAUGUUUCAGGGUGGAAAAUUCUACUCAUUCAAUUAACAGACAAUUCUCACCUAUCAUUAACAAAUGCCUGCUUUUUCAAAAUCUGUUCACUCACUAUUACCUGAUGCAUGCUCCUGCUGCAGUAAGUAACUGGCAACUCCAAAGACCGAUGCAUUGACCCUCUGGGUAAAUGGACUUCAAAUCUUCUUGUGAAGUUGGUCACAUCAGUUAUCCUGUUUAAAUGCGGAGCACUGUUGCACAAAUUCCCGCUAAACCAUGUCAAGUAGGUGUACUCGCACAUUGAUAAUGCAAUGCAUGGAGAUUAUAUAGUAGGAUUUUAUUACUCAGGUCUUUGAUACACUUGUAAAAUGUCUUGAAUGGUAUGAAAUGGAUUGUAUCUAUUCGCUCUUCUCUUUUUGUAUUGUUCAGAGCAACCGGAGGAUUUGAAGCUGUGGCGGCGGGAUUUGAACAGGGUGUCUGUUGUGCUGACAUGGCAUUCACCCAUCGAUCGUUCUAUUGAAAAAAUAAAUAAUUACGGAAAUAAUAUUGUCUUUAAACGAAAUGAAUGCCACAUUUAUAUCUUGAAGAGCAUCUUAACAUGCGAUUCCUAAAAUAUUUCUUAUGGGGAAUAUUAUAAAACAGAUCAAGAAUGAUUGUUUAAAUGGGCGGGAUAGGUUUACUGGAUAACCAACGGUCAUAUGUUUGAUUGAAACGUCAUUGUUGACUGAAAUAUUUGUGUUGUUUUGUUGGAUGAUAAACAACCUGACCUGAGUGUGUUGAAAGUCAAAAGAUUAUAGUGGCGGAUAUGACAGGGUGACUUUAUAUUAUAUAUGCCGGUUAUUAUAUCCACUAGUGUUUUUCUAAUAAAUAAAACAACUUGGUCUCGUCAA